AGGGAGCAGGGAACAUAGCACCGGCAUGUACAAAAGGCUGAGUUGCAGGCUGGGGGUGGGGUGGCUCGCGGUUGGGGGAGCCAUAGGUUGAGGAUCGGAGGCAUUAUCAGUGGGAUCUAUUGUUUCCUGGCACAUUGGGAGGAAAAACAAAGGGAUUUAUUAUCAUCACCCUAUAAUUUUCUUUCUUUUUUUUCCCCCUCCCUCUCCCCCCCAUCCUGAUGUGGCCAGGGAGCUCAUCUCUCCCCCGUGCUACACUGGAAUUCGCCACCGGCAGCCGCAGCCAAUGUGUUAGGACUUCAGGUGCUUCCUGGCACAGAGCUAGACUGCGACCUCCAACCAUAGCGCUUGGCGUCACCUGCUCUCCCGGCCCGGCCCCGGGGCCGAGGGAUUGCGUCCCGAAGCAGGCUUGGGAACCGGCUGCCUCUCAAAUGAACCACUAGCCUUGCUUUGAAAAAGCCAUUUUGUGUAACUCUUGACUGUGAAUAAUUUGCUAAUACACCUGUUGGGACAAUCACUGACAAAGUAUGCUGUUUGAGAGGUCCUUUACUUGACCAAAUACUGGUGAUUAGAAGAGAGGUUUUGCUUUUUUUUUCCUUUUUUUCCCCUGAUCAUUAUGAACAUUGGGUUUUCACCCUUGAAGUAAAAAUGUUGAAAGCUGAGUCUUCAGGUGAACGAACCACUCUCAGAAGUGCCUCUCCUCAUAGGAAUGCAUACAGAACUGAGUUCCAGGCACUGAAAAGUGCCUUUGACAAACCUAAGUCAGAUGGGGAACAAAAAACAAAAGAAGGUGAGGGCUCCCAGCAGACCAGGGGUAGAAAAUAUGGCUCCAAUGUCAACAGAAUUAAAAAUCUAUUUAUGCAGAUGGGUAUGGAACCCAAUGAGAAUGCUGCAAUCAUUGCCAAAACCAGGGGGAAAGGUAGACCUUCCUCUCCCCAGAGAAGAAUGAAGCCCAAAGAGUUUCUGGAGAAAACAGAUGGCUCGGUUGUUAAAUUGGAGUCCUCUGUUUCUGAACGAAUUAGUCGAUUUGACACAAUGUAUGAUGGCCCUUCAUAUUCUAAGUUCACAGAGACUCGAAAAAUGUUUGAGAGGAGUGUGCAUGAGUCAGGACAAAACAACCGCUAUUCCCCAAAGAAAGAGAAAGCUGGAGGGAGUGAACCACAGGAUGAAUGGGGGGGUUCCAAGUCCAACAGAGGCAGCACUGAUUCCUUGGACAGCCUUAGCUCCCGCACUGAGGCUGUCUCCCCAACUGUGAGUCAACUGAGUGCAGUAUUUGAGAACACUGAGUCCCCCAGUGCCAUCAUUUCCGAGAAGGCUGAAAGCAGUGACUACUCAGUGACUGGGCAUUAUCCCCUGAAUUUACCAUCGGUUACUGUUACCAAUCUUGACACCUUUGGCCACCUUAAGGAUUCUAAUUCUUGGUCUUCUUCGAACAAACACGGUGUUGAAACAGAUAAUGAUCAGAAGACUAAUACGACUCCAGUACUAGAAGUGGCUCCUGAAAGUACCUCUCUAGCUUCAUUGCUUAGUGAAGAGAUUCAGCAGAGCAAGGAAGCCCAGGACUCUGCAUCUAACCAAGAGACUCUAGACAGAACUGACAAAGACAUUCUUGAAGAAUCUUGUGCUGAAAAGAAGGCAAUGCCCAAGUCUGAAAUCCUUUCACCACAAAACCAACCUUUAGGGAAUGCUGAGGCUAAUUCGGUUGGGAGUGAGACAGCAAAGCAACAGAGGAAAGAAGAGCUUGCAGGUGGUGAUCUUACCUCUCCCAAUGCUUCUGUAUCCAGCUGUGCAAAAGAAGUAGCUGAAGAUUCAAAUAAUGUUGAGAGUUCCCAUGUGUACAUGCAUAGUGACUAUAAUGUGUAUAGGGUGAGAUCCAGGUAUAAUUCAGACUGGGGAGAGACAGGCACAGAGCAGGAUGAGGAGGACAGUGACGAGAACAGCUACUAUCAGCCUGAUAUGGAAUACUCGGAAAUCGUUGGAUUGCCAGAAGAAGAAGAAAUCCCAGCAAACAGGAAAAUUAAGUUUAGUUGUGCUCCAAUUAAGGUUUUCAACACAUACUCCAAUGAAGACUAUGACAGGAGAAAUGAAGAAGUUGACCCUGUGGCUGCAUCUGCUGAAUAUGAACUUGAGAAGCGUGUGGAAAAGCUGGAACUUUUCCCGGUUGAGCUCGAGAAAGAUGAGGAUGGUCUUGGGAUAAGCAUUAUUGGAAUGGGUGUUGGAGCUGAUGCUGGACUUGAGAAACUGGGAAUAUUUGUCAAGACAGUAACAGAAGGUGGUGCUGCUCAAAGGGAUGGCAGAAUACAAGUCAAUGACCAGAUUGUGGAAGUGGAUGGAAUCAGUUUGGUGGGUGUCACACAGAAUUUCGCCGCAACAGUUCUCCGAAACACCAAAGGCAAUGUCAGAUUUGUCAUUGGACGAGAAAAACCAGGACAAGUGAGCGAGGUUGCCCAGUUGAUAAGCCAGACCCUGGAACAAGAGAGGCGCCAGAGAGAGCUGCUUGAGCAGCACUAUGCCCAAUAUGAUGCUGAUGAUGAUGAGAACACAGUGGCUGAAUUGCAAGAAGUGUCUGGCAACUGCAAUAACAAUAACAACUAUUCCCUUAAGACAGGAGAAUAUGCAACAGACGAAGAAGACGACGAGGUAGGGCCUGUUCUUCCUGGCGGUGACAUGGCCAUUGAAGUGUUUGAGCUGCCUGAGAAUGAGGACAUGUUUUCCCCAUCUGACUUGGACACAAGCAAGCUUAGCCACAAGUUCAAAGAGUUGCAAAUCAAACAUGCAGUUACAGAAGCAGAGAUUCAAAAAUUGAAGAGCAAGCUGCAAGCAGCAGAAAAUGAAAAAGUAAGGUGGGAACUUGAAAAAAACCAGCUCCAGCAGAACAUUGAAGAGAAUAAGGAAAGAAUGCUGAAGCUGGAGAGCUACUGGAUCGAGGCUCAAACAUUGUGCCACACAGUGAAUGAGCAUCUCAAAGAGACUCAAAGCCAGUAUCAGGCCUUAGAAAAGAAAUACAACAAGGCAAAAAAACUGAUCAAGGAUUUUCAACAAAAAGAACUUGACUUCCUCAAAAGACAGGAAGUAGAAAGGAAGAAACUAGAAGAUUUGGAAAAAGCUCAUAUUGUGGAAGUUCAAGGCCUCCAAGUGAGGAUUAGAGAUUUGGAAGCUGAGGUAUUCAGACUACUUAAGCAAAAUGGGACUCAAGUUAACAAUAACAACAACAUCUUUGAGAGAAGAACAUCUCUUGGAGAAGUGUCCAAAGGAGACAGCAUGGAGAACGUGGAGGUCAAGCACACAUCUUGUCAGGAUGGCCUAAGUCAAGACUUGACUGAAGCAGUACCAGAAACAGAGCGCCUGGAUUCAAAGGCACUGAAAACUCGAGCCCAGCUCUCUGUGAAGAACAGGCGUCAGAGGCCCACUAGGACACGACUGUACGACAGUGUCAGUUCAACAGAUGGAGAGGACAGCCUGGAACGAAAGCCUUCAAAGAGUCUCUAUAACCACACGCAUGUUUCCAAACCACUUCUGCCCAAGGGUCUGAGAACUUCUUCUCCAGAAUCAGAUUCUGGGGUCCCAUCUCUCACUCCAGUGGCUAGUCGCGUGUCCUGGUCUGACCACAUAGAUGAGUUGCAAGAAGGACCACUGUACCCAGAAAGGGGGUCCUCCCCCUUUGUCUGGGGAGAUACUUCACACUCCUCUACUACAAAAUCUGAUCACGAGAUGGAAGAAUCUCCCUGUCACCAUCAAGCUACCACUCAGAGAAUACAAGAAAAAGAUGAUGCUAAAAGCCCCAAAUCACUAGCGGCACCCAAUUCAUUGGUGGUACGAGGAGGAAAAAUUAAGCGGAAGUUUGUAGAUCUGGGGAUCUUCAGAAGCAGACUGGAAAACCGGAAAGCCCAGCGACCCUCUGCAACUCCGGCCUCCACUCGCUCCCCUUGCAUGCCUUUCUUGUGGUUUAAUGAAAGUCGGAAAGGAUCCUAUUCCUUCGGGAACCUGCCUUCACCUACCAAUCCCCUUCAGCCUUCUCCUGAGACUCUAAUUUCUGAUAAAACUGGGUCCAAGAAUUUUACCUUCAAUGAUGACUUUAGUCCCAGCAGUACCAGUUCAGCAGACCUGAGUGGCUUAGGAGCAGAACCCAAAACACCAGGGCUCUCUCAGUCCUUAGCACUGUCAUCAGAUGAGAUCCUUGAUGAUGGACAGUCUCCCAAACACAGUCAGUGUCCGAAUCGGGCCGUUCAUGAAUGGAGUGUGCAGCAGGUUUCUCACUGGUUAAUGAGCCUAAAUCUGGAGCAGUAUGUAUCUGAAUUCAGUACCCAAAACAUCACUGGAGAGCAGCUCAUGCAGUUGGAUGGAAAUAAACUUAAGGCUCUUGGAAUGACAUCAUCCCAGGACCGAGCACUGGUCAAAAAGAAGCUGAAGGAAAUGAAGCUGUCUCUAGAGAAGGCUCGGAAGGCACAAGAGAAAAUGGAAAAGCAAAGAGAAAAAUUGAGGAGGAAAGAACAGGAGCAAAUGCACAGAAAGUCCAAAAAGGCUGAAAAGAUGACAUCCACUGCCACAGAAGGCGCUGGUGAGCAGUGAGCCUCAGUCCUGGAUGCUGAUGCUCAAGAGAAGUCCCACCUCUUCCUGCCCCAUUCUCCUCCAGAACAUGAAGAAGAAAUUGACCAUGAGGGUAAUGCUUCUCUAGGCAAAUUGAGGAACUGUGUGUUGAAUGACUUCAUUUUCUGCAAUAAUAGAAGGCAGCCUUUAAUUUUAAUCUCCUAAAAUAACCCCAAAUCACUUUUGAUUUAUUGACAAAUGAAAAAUAUCUCAUUUGUGAGAGAGGCAAAGUAGCUAUGAUUCUUUCUUCUACUUAACAACAUAUGGUGUUGUGUUGGGUGUGUUGUGCCACUUGGAGGACCAGCAUGACUGCACCAGUGAGAGCAUAACACACCCUGGUGUUGUUAGUGAACUUUCAGAGUGGGUAGUAAAUUCUCAUUGUGGGACUCUGAAAUGGGUUAGUUGUAUCUAUCUGAGUGACAGAGCACUUGCCAUGAGCUGUGGGAGCCAUGCUUACUCCCAGGGCUUCGGAAGUUCAUCCAGGUUGGGGAAAAGUUCCCUAUAAUUGUGUGUGGAGAGACAGAUAACCCCACUGUGGAAACUUGAGGACUCAUAAAUAGCUCCUAAGACAAAGAACAAGUACAUUGUUUUACUGACCAUCAGAAAGUCAUAGUUAUCUGGGAAUUACAGAAAAGAGCAAACACCUUAAGAAUGUGGUACCAUUUCUCCUCCAGCUAUUCCUGAAUGAAGAAGAAAAGUCAGACCUUAAGCUAGCUAUGGGGCUGUUAGGAUCUGUUGUUUACUUUGCAACACUGGCAAACACAACACAGUUUCUUACUGCCCUCAACAAAUCAACAAAUUGAACAGAAAAUUGAUUUUUAAGGAAACCAGUAUUUUCAGAUUUCUUCUCUUGGGGAACAUUCUGGCUGGGCAUCAGACUGCCUGUGAUACAAUCAGAAACUUGUCACACAUUUUAUCCUCACAGUUUCCUAAGAAAGCUCAGUUAGGGUUUUAACAAACGUAAUUUUAAGGAAAAAUAGGGAUAUCCGUUAAGGAGAUCACAGAUUUCACUAACAUUCAACCAGAGAACCAGUUCAUUUGAGCACACAGAAGUUCCUGUCACAUUUUAGAGGUAUUUUGAAUGUUUUUUUUCUAAGCUAUUCUUUCCAUAUAGUCGAGGUUUCUACUUUAGAGUUGAAGUUUAAGGAAGUACAUCAGAUUCACUAUCAAUGGAAGAAUGAAAGCUUAUUGUAAAUCCAAUAUUAAGGAUUUCAGUAUUUCACCAGUCUAAGUUGAAUGCAGGAGACUGGGCAGAAGGAGGAGAACAUUAACUCAUCUUGAGAAAUUUCUAAUGAUGAGUUUUUUUUUCCUUUAUUUAUCUUUUGUCUUGCUUUUUAUGCUCUUGUGUCUGUUUCUUUUGCUGCAUUAGCUCUAAAGGCAAGGUCAUCUACUUUCCAAUGGAUGGACAAGUGUCAAAGUAAGACUUGAGGCCAGAUGAAUUCUUGAACAAGUAUUUAACUUCCUUUAUUCCAUAGGGUCUUGGCUCUGUUCCCAACACUGCCAAUAUCUCCACUGUAGUCGUUCUAUUUGCAGAUCUUGGGGACUGCUCUUGAGUAUUACAGAUACCAGAAAUGUAAAGGGUCUCCUGUCUAUAUAACCCUACCUUGUAUUUUUAACAUUGUGAUUUUAUUGUUCUUAUAAUGUAAUGUCCAAGUUCUGGAAUUGUUGGAAAUUGAAACUUAUAAUCCUAUUCUUCUCCCAUCCCCGCCCAAGGCCUGUUUCCUAUUUUGGAUCACAGAGUUGCCUGAUAAGCUCUAGUCCUUUUGUCCCUAGGUUAGAGUCAUUCAUUCCAUUUUCAGAAACAUUCAGGCAGGCUUUGCAACAUUCUGAUCCCUAUUACACUAUUCUGUCUUAUUUGGAUAUGAUCCUAAAACUGCCAUACUGCAUACCUGUAUCUUGAGAUGUUGGUGCUUUGCUAUUUAUUACUAUCACAAGAAACCAGAAGCUACUGUUAAUGAAUUACAAAAUUCAACAAGCAUUUCCUAACGCUAUAAGACAAAAAUCAGUAAAAA